AUAACAAUAACUUUGUCAAUGCCCAAAUGUUUAUACACCUGACUGUGUGUUUUAUGAUGCACAUACAGUAGGUGUAUUUAAUGCAAGGCGCAGUGUCGCCGCAAGAGGGCGCGACACACCUGUGAACGAUAUGGGGGCGGGGUUUGAUGUAAGCGCAGGGACGAGCCCCAAAAAAAAGAAUGGGCUCCCGUGGGCGUGGUCUGUGCUGGGAAGGAGGCGGGGUUUGCCACUGGGAAAAUCUGCUUUCCCAUUCCAAUCGGCCAGGCGCAACAUGGCGGACUAGGAGAGGCGGCACGACAGCGCCCGGAUACAGCGAGUAAAACGCGGGAUACAGGCACCCGGCGUUGCGGAGAGCACGAAAACGGAUCCUGGUGGAAGAGAGGAGGAAAUAAGACGAAAAACAGGGCACUUUGGGACUUGUUUGGACAUGUAAUUUUGAAGCAGGUUCCGAGCGGGCCGUGUACAGCGCAACCUCGGCACUCUGGGUGAGGAGGAGUCCGGGGCCGGGACAUCGAGUGCUGGAUACCAACUUCACAAACCCCCUCUCUUCAGUGCAGCUAAUAAAGAUCUACAGUGUGUGGAGAAAAGGGCGGUGAGGCAAUCAUUGUGCGAAUGAGUGAGUGAUGCAGAGCACUUUUUCGCAGGGCAGUAUGGGUCUGUGUCCCCUGCUCCUGUUGUUUGCGUUGGCCUUUGGUUGGGCCCAGGAAACACCCAAGCUCUCAGAUCCGAAUCAGAUUGUGACACCCACAACCCCUUCUCCCACAGCGCGCAACCUUACUCAUGGCCCCACCCCUUCAAUCACAGCCCCGCCCACCGAGCAACCUGCCAUUGGUGACUCCACGAAUGUAACAGCAAAGACACCAGCUCAAGGAGACCCCAUAGCCCCUCCUACCCCUGCUCCACCUCUGCCUCCCGGCGUCGAUCACACUAAUCACACCGGUGCUCCGCCCACAGGGCCUACCACCAUCCCUUCCGCUCUUCGUCCCACAACCCUGUCCACUCCUUCCACGGCUGCGGGUCCUUCUACUACGACCCUCGCCAAUGAAACUAAGCCAGAUCACGAUGUUUCAAGUACUCAUCCCAGUACGACCACUGAAAUCAGCACCACGCCAUUCAUCGGCAUUCCUCCAGGAGGAAGCGGAGGCGGUGAAGACACGGCGAUCAUCGCUGUGACGGUGGCUUUAUCGUCUCUGCUGGUCAUCAUCUUCAUCAUCAUCGUUCUCUAUAUGCUCAGGUUUAAGAAGUACAAGCAGGCAGGAAGCCACUCAACCUCCUUCAGACUGACCAAUGGCAGGACGGACGAUACAGAGCUUCAGAGUGUGCCGCUAUUGGCCCGCUCGCCCAGCACAAACAGGAAGUACCCGCCCCUUCCAGUAGACAAGCUCGAGGAGGAAAUGAACCGCCGCAUGGCUGAUGACAACAAACUCUUCAGGGAGGAAUUCAAUGCGUUGCCAGUCUGCCCCAUCCAGGCCUCAUGUGAUGCCGCCUCCAAAGAGGAGAACAAGGAGAAGAACCGAUACGUCAACAUUCUGCCUUAUGAUCACUCCAGGGUACAUCUCUCCCCUCUAGAGGGCGUCCCAGACUCAGAUUUCAUCAACGCUUCUUACAUUAAUGGCUAUCAGGAGAAGAACAAAUUUAUAGCUGCCCAAGGGCCAAAAGAGGAGACUGUGAACGACUUCUGGAGAAUGAUCUGGGAGCAGAACACUGCCACCAUUGUCAUGGUGACCAACCUGAAGGAGAGGAAGGAGUGCAAGUGUGCUCAGUACUGGCCGGAUCAGGGCUGCUGGACGUACGGGAACAUCCGUGUUUCUGUAGAGGACAUGACUGUGCUGGUGGACUACACCGUACGCAAGUUCUGCAUUCAGCAGGUGGGGGAUGUAUCAGGGAAGAAGCCCCAGAGGCUGGUGACUCAGUUCCAUUUUACCAGCUGGCCAGACUUUGGUGUGCCCUUUACCCCCAUCGGCAUGCUUAAGUUCCUUAAAAAGGUUAAAGCGUGCAACCCACAGUAUGCUGGGCCCAUAGUGGUACACUGCAGCGCGGGUGUCGGGAGGACGGGCACCUUCAUCGUAAUCGACGCGAUGCUGGACAUGAUGGCCGCCGAGAGGAAGGUGGACGUGUUCGGCUUCGUCACGAGAAUCCGAGCCCAGCGGUGCCAGAUGGUCCAGACCGAUAUGCAGUACGUAUUUAUUUUCCAGGCUCUGUUGGAACACUACCUGUAUGGAGACACAGAACUGGAGGUCACCUCUUUAGAGUCUCACCUGGCCAAACUCUACUCUCCUUUACCUGGAGCCGGCUGUGGCGGGCUGGAGGCGGAGUUUAAGAAACUCACUUCUAUAAAGAUCCAGAAUGAUAAAAUGAGAACCGGGAACCUUCCGGCCAACAUGAAGAAGAACCGUGUGCUGCAGAUCAUUCCGUAUGAGUUUAAUCGCGUGAUCAUUCCUGUAAAGCGCGGUGAGGAGAACACGGACUACAUCAAUGCGUCCUUCAUCGAUGGCUACAGGCAAAAGGACUCGUACAUGGCGUGUCAGGGCCCAUUGCAGCACACCAUCGAGGACUUCUGGAGGAUGAUCUGGGAGUGGAGGAGCUGCUCUAUCGUGAUCCUCACCGAACUGGAGGAGCGAGGACAGGAGAAGUGUGCUCAGUACUGGCCCACUGAUGGAGUGAUGGUGUGUGGUGAUAUGUCCAUUGAGCUGAAGAGAGAGGAGGAAUGUGAGAGUUACACUGUCAGAGAUCUGCUCGUCACCAACACUAGAGAGAAUAAAUCUCGUGCUGUGCGUCAGUUCCAUUUUCACGGCUGGCCUGAGGUGGGCAUCCCUGCCGACGGUAAAGGCAUGAUCAACAUCAUUGCUGCCGUGCAGAAACAGCAGCAGCAGUCUGGAAACCAUCCAAUCACAGUGCACUGCAGCGCCGGCGCCGGUCGUACGGGCACAUUCUGCGCUUUGAGCACGGUUCUGGAGCGUGUGAAGGCAGAGGGCAUUCUAGACGUCUUUCAGACGGUGAAAAGCCUGCGACUGCAAAGACCACACAUGGUGCAGACACUGGAGCAGUAUGAAUUUUGCUACAAAGUGGUCCAGGAAUACAUCGAUGCCUUUUCCGACUAUGCCAAUUUUAAGUAGGGACCCUACCGAGGGUGCGACGUCCUCAGCCUCUCUCACACAUAUAAAGUUACACGCGCGAGCUCGGCACCGGACUGGCCGUCACCACAGAAAAGGGAACGAGGACCGAGGAGGACGCGAGGGAUGGCAUUUUUGUCACACACAAAAAAACAAAAACAAAAGAUGCCUUCUCGAGUAUUUUGUAAUUUCGUGUAUUGUUUGUUAAUAUGUUCCUGUUUAUUUUUUUUCCAGUGUAAAUACACUUCGCCCAUCAUUUAUUUGUUUUUAGAUGCAAGUUUUAGAGUGAUCUUUUUUUUCCUAAUGUAGUUUACAGGUAUAUGAAUAUAAACAUAGUUAUAUGACUCUAAGUUGGUUUUGAAUUGAACAGCUGGACCAUGGGGUGAUUUUUUUUUUUUUUUUUUUUUUAAAUCUUUUCUUUUUUCCUGUUUUCUAUUGGUGCAGCCGAGUGACAGAGACCCGACCACUCAAACCUGUUGCACUUUUGCUUGCAGCCGUAUUUUAUGGCUGACUUACGCAAGUAACACAGAGUACAAACCUUUUGCAUUUUCUUAAAAUAUACAGAGCAUUGACCAGUUCUGUGCUGGAGAAACCAGGGUGAUUUGUUUGUUUGUUUGUUUGUUUGUUUGUUUGGUUUUUUUUUUAUAUUUUUUCCCCUCCUUCUAAAAAAAGCAGCAAUGUAUUGGAUGAGGUACCUCACGGUUCCUCAUGGAGGACCAUUUAAGAACCAACAAACUGAUGCCUGUGCGAUUUUUAACUCUCUCACUUAGGAAAAACUUGGAAACUGUUUUAGACACGGUUACAGCGUCUGGGCGCCAUUUUCCUUUAGCACAGCUGCGUUUCAGUUAUUCUUAUAAAUAUGUUUGGGCUCCGAGAGCGUGGCUCGUGUGGUCCUCAGAAAUGUCUGACCAGGUGCUUCUUUUCUUGCAAUACGGAAUGGCACAAAAUCUUUGCGAUGAUCAUUGGAACGAGAAUACAUCAACGUUAUUAAUAGGCGCUGUUUCAAAGAGGAUCAGACGUUUGCUUGUUCGGAUAUGUCCACCAACGGUUUCCGUCGGGUGUGUUUUGCUUUCGCACGCGACGGUACAUAAAAUAUUUGCCCUUCUCAGUUUUCAGAGCAAACCUCGAUGAAGGACCGAUUAGCCCUGAAAGGUCGUUCAGUCAGUCUCGAGGUGCUUACAAGCUUAAUGGAUGCCAUUUCUACCCAUGAGCACGAGUGCAACCAACGAGGGUGAAGAAAAUGCUCCCUGAAAAUGGCUAAUAAGAAAAGAAAGCUCGUUGUUACUGACUAACGUAAUCCCAUUUGUGUAGCUGGCAAAGACCGAGUGUGACAGGCCGUGGGUCUGUCUGCAUCCGUCUGUCUGGCCCUUCUUACUUUGCCUCAUUAUUAGCACUUUUGGGUGAAGCAGUCCUUGAACUCUCCUACUGAGCCAGUCAAAUUGAAAACAACCAAGAACCUUCCUUUCUUCCUUUCUUUCUUUCUUUCUUUUUCAUCACUAUUCACUUGUUUACAUGGCUUUUGAGGUUCAAGAGGAAAGUGAAAACACUCGAUCGUACUGCGACGUUGCCUGGUUACAGCGAAACAGGUUUCGUUUCAUUUUGUUUUCCUCUUUGUAAGGAGUCGCAUGUAAUUAUUAGUCGGCCAGCAGAAACGCUCACACAGCAGCUUUCCAUCGUCGUCGUUAUGUGAAUUUUCAGCUAGCUUCCGUCUGAUCGCUAGCGAAUGUUUGAAAUUAGCGCUGUAUCUACACUCCGUGGACGUCCGAGUCAGAGCCUGCACACUGCUGAUGAGCCUUGAGAUAUCAGACUCGUCUUGGAUUUUUUAUUUUUUUAUUAUUAUUCUUUUUUUUUCUUUUUUUUUUUUUUAAAUUUAAAAAUAAUACAGGGUUAGUUCAAAUUUCUUUACGUAAAGGAAGUCUGGCAGAUUCCGUUUUUGCUUUAAUAAAUUUCAGGCUAAUCGCUAUCCAUCUGUAGUGUGUGUGUGUGUGUGUGUGUGUGUGUGUGUGAUACCAAGACAUUUCCCUCAAUUGAGGUAUGAAUAGAAAUCGCUGGAGUAUUUCUCUUAUUAUUUUUUUUUUCCUUAAUGAAACACUGUGCCAAUACACACUCUUGAGUAAAAGAACUCCACCCAAACCUUCUACACCCUGUUAGCAAGCUCCGCCCCUUUCUUCCCACCUUCCUGGAGGUGUGGCUGACUGAGCAAGUGCCUAUGUAAUAACUUCCCUGCUAUAUGUGCGUGUUCGCUAUGUGCUGAAGGAGCUCUGACCUCAGCUUUUAGUGCUUUUUUAUAACUUCUCACUGGUGAAAUUUUGGACCUGAUGCCUCUUCAGGAGUUCUUCUUUUAAGCUGAUUUGUGUUGAAUCUGUUGAAAUGGGUUUCUAGUACGUUCCCGGUGUUCCGCUGUUGUCUGAGACCCCAUGUAAGAUCAGGAAUUAUUCCUUAAGAGUUGUUCAGAUUCUCGCUAGUUUCAGCAGGCGGUCCUCUCGUGUCUGUGAGAACUCGCUGUGGAAUGUUCCAGUACUUUUGCAAAACAGCAUCGUAUUGUUGUUCUCCGGUUCUGAAUGUUGCGUCUGUCUGUGGAAGAAGAUAAAACCUGCAGGAAGAGAAACGGUCUUAAGUGUCUUCACCCUUUCCUCCUUCCGUCUCCCUGAUUGGGUCAUGUUGUAAAUUUGACCCCGAUUUGAAUUGUUUUUCCCCCUCCCCACCUUGUACACAUCAUCCUUCUGCUUCAUCAUCCUAAAUGUUCCUGUCUGUACAUAACCUUAUUUAUAUUUCAUUCCUUUCCGCUGCCUUGCUUAUUUUAUUAUUCUUAUACAUUUGUAUAAUAAACUGUACUUGGACCAUUUUUUCUCUUUUUUUCCCUUUUUUUUUUUUAUAAAGUAUUAGAAUUUUUUCCCAUUUUUUUUUAAAAAGUUUGUUAUUAUUAUUAUUAUUAUUAUUAUUAUUAUUAUUGUCUUAAAAUCUUAUUUUAAUUUGCAUCUGUUUUUAUAGUGUUAUUCAAAAUUUUGAAUAUAUGUGUAUAUAAUUAUAUAUAUAAUAAAAAAAAAAUUAUAUAUAAUUAUAUAAUGCUAAAUGGCCUUUCUAAGCAAGGAACUGUUCCAAUCUAAUAAAAAUGCUUGAGAUUUUAUCACUGGUUCGAGUCUGAGUGGAAUGACUUUGUGUAAUUGUGUAUGUUUAUAAAUUUAUAAUUGAAAUAAAAUGAUCAGUAGUCGUUGUGGUUAUCUCAGUAAUUAAUUUGUCUGCCCUUUUUUGUUGUUGUUGUUUGGUUUAUUUGUGGUAGAAACCACAGAUUCUACUUGGACAGUAUUGUGUUCUUCAUAAUCCCAGGUUUUAACUAAAAAUAGAUGAUUGAUUUGGCCAAUUUUUUUAGAUCUGGCCCGUCACUUUGUUUCAGGACACUAAUCCUUACCUGACUAAGACGUGUCAGGAGGAUUCUGCAUCUGCUGCCACCAUAAUGUGGAU